UCAACGACACCUAAUAUUUUUUUGUUUUUUGCCAGAUGGCGCGAGUUAUCGCCCAACGCAAUUUACGAUUGUUUCCCUACAUCCCUAGGUCCCUUUUCUCCCUCGGUUUCCGUGAUUCUACAGGUCUGUCCCCGUGUCUCCCGAGUCUUCUUCCGAGCACGACGUACCGCACCGAGCAGCGCAUUUUCUUUGUUUAAUAUUAUUUAGAUUUCGUAGAUUACGUUAGUUUUUAUAUAGAUUAUUUCGUUUUGUGUAAUUGUAUUCUUCAUCUGUGUCCCCGUGUUUCCUUCCGAGCACGAGGUUCCGUAUUGAGCGACUUUUCUUUGGUUCGUAUUAUUUAAGUUUCGUAAAUUUAGGUCUCCUUUCGGGCCCGAGGUUUUGCACUGAGCAGCUUUUCUUUGUUUUGUAUUUAGAUUUCGUAGAUUUAGGUUUUUUUUUUUAGUACUAUCGACUAUCGUUUUUGUAACGAUUAUUUCGUGUUGUGUCCCCGUGUCUUCUGAGCACGAGGUUCCGUAGUGAGCAGGUUUUUAUUUUUGUAUUUAGAUUUCUUAGAUUUAGGGAUUUAUUUUUUGAGUACUUUCGUUUUUCGUAUCGAAUAUUUCGAGCGGUGUAAUUGUCUUUUUGCUGCAACGACGCAACAAGCUCAACGUCGACGAUGUCCUGGCAGCCCGGAAAGGAAAACCGCCCUUUUUGUGCGGUUGAGUUUGUCGGGGACGACAGCGUGGCCGCUGUUCCGACGGCCUGGCUCGAUGCUGACAAGACGAUGUGUUCUUGGCCAAAAAACGUUCCACCGGCAUCAGUGAUAAAACUGGCCCAGUCUCAGGCCCCACCUGGGAAUGAAGAGGAGUGGCCCCUCCACCCUGUGCGGGUGUUCUCCUAUUGCAAAACAUACAAGAAGGCCAAAAGGAAGGCCACCGAGGGGCUGGAGAACUCGUGCUUGGAGAGCACAGAUGUCGGGGAGCCCGAUGAUGGAGCCACUGGGAGAGACAACACGGCCGACGCUCCUGUGCGUCUCUCAGUGCCCAUUCCACCUACUGGCCUGGGAGGUGCCUGUGCAAGGGCCCCUCCCAAGCGCAGGGCCCCAGACCCUCCAUCCAGUAAGGGGUGGUCCAAAGAAAGUCGGGCUCCUACAUCUCCCCUGGCAGAGCGGCAAGCCCCCAGGAGGCGGAAUUUGGAGGCAGCUGAGGCAGCUCAGGUGGUUGAGGCUACCAUGUCCCCCUUCCAGUCGGAGCUACUGAAGGUGGUGCUGGAUGUGCGGCACGAGGUGCACCUUCUCCGCCAGGACACGGCGCAGGUCCUGGCAAACCAGGAACAGCUGGCAGUGCGCAUUGCUCAGCUUGAGCGUGCGAACUGCCCGCCUGAUGCCCCAGUGCCGCCAGCGGUUUUUAUUUUACCGCUGGCGACAAUGGAAGAUUUUGAGGCAGCAGAGAGGCGCCUCAUCAACCCCCCUGAUCAGGCUGUCCUGAAGGAGCAGCUCUCCGGCCUGGGUGGCAACACUAUCGCGGAGGCUGUGCGGCGCACCCUGGAGCGGCUCCUGCGGAAGCAGGUGCAGAUGCACUUCAGCAUCUGCGGCCGCAGGGGCAACAAGCGGCCGUUCAGGGGCACGCAGCUCUGUGCCGUGGCCGUUGCUAUAAUCCGGAGCCGAGUGGGAGGCAGCGUGGUCGACGUGGAGCGUGCCAUUGGCGACUACUUGUCUGGGGCCCCGGAUCGCGAGGGAGGCAGGGCUGAGAGGAUGGCCAAGAAGAUUCAAGACGCGGCCAUCCUCUCAGCCCAAUUCGUCACUGUCCUGCCCAGCAGCCUGCCAGAGGGCGACUUUGACGUCAACGCUGACAUCUUGGACAUCUCACAGACGUGAUGUCAAGAACAAAAACGAAAAUUGAAAAUAUAGAAAUAAAAGAAAAAACA